GGCUUGGCAGAUUCCAUUCCUCAUACAAACAUUUGCACAAGGUUCACUCAUUCAGUAUUUCACAUCCUGUCCACCAUAAAUGAAGACCUCUCAUAUUUAAGCCGCUAUGCAAACCAUCGUGCUAUUGGUGUUGCUGGUACUGGGAACAUCACUGGCAUUGCCAGACUCUGACACAGCUGGGGAGAAAGUGGUUGAAGAGUCUAUUCCAUGUUCUAAGGGAUGCACCUGUUUGCAUGAUGACUACAGCUCAGAGCUCAACGUGUACUGCAGUGCUCGGAACUUCACACAAAUUCCAUCUGAUGUGCCCCCGUCGACUCAUUCCAUCUGGCUGGAUGGCAACUUUUUCACCUCCCUCCCAGCAGCAUCUUUUAAGGACCUUACUAACCUGGACUUUCUGAAUCUACAGAGUGGCCAGCUGAUGACACUUGACCCUCAGGCUUUCAAAGGACUUAGGUCGCUAGCACACAUUCACCUUGAGCGAAAUCGCAUUCGGGCAUUACCAGGUACAAUCUUUCAGAAUACACCUAACCUUGCUUCACUUAGUCUGCAUAACAACCAGAUCACUCGUAUUGAGGAUAGCCUGUUUGCAGGACUCUCACACAUGUGGCUUCUCAACCUAGGAAGGAACUCAAUUGCAGUUUUACCAGAGACAGUUUUCCAAGACCUACAAGGUCUAAGGGAGCUUGUCCUUGCAGGGAAUAGACUUGCUUACUUGCAGCCACAGCUUUUCCAAAAUCUUGUUGAGCUUAAAGAGUUGGAUCUGACUGGAAAUUACCUCAAGGUCAUCAAGGCUAAUGUGUUUGUUAAACUCACUAAAUUGCAAAAGCUCUACUUGGCACAGAAUCAGAUUGUGACAGUAGUACCCAGAGCCUAUGUAGGCAUGAAGUCGCUAAGAUGGCUGGAUCUCACCAACAACAGACUGUCUUCCCUCCAUGAGGACACUUUCUUGGGCCUGCACAGCCUUCAUGUACUGCGUCUUUCCAACAACUCUAUUACAGGAAUUAGGCACAGGACUUUCCGUGACCUACAGUACUUAGAAGAGCUACGACUCAGCUACAACAAGAUCCAAGCCCUGGGGGAGAGGAUCUUUGAAGGGCUUGGUCAUCUGGAGGUCUUAGAGCUAGAGCACAACCAAGUCCAGGAUGCACAAGUUGGUAGUUUCACAGGGCUCUCUCAUGUGGCUGUCAUCAACUUGUCUGGAAGCUGCUUCCACAGUCUGCCAGACCAAGUGUUCAAAGGUCUGUCAAAGCUCCACAGCCUUCAUCUGGACAGAGGCUGCCUAACAAGGGUCACAACUCAAGCUUUCAAUGGACUUUCUAGUCUAAGGAGGCUCUUCUUGCAGCACAAUAACAUCUCUGUAGUGGAACACGAUAGCUUUGUGGAUCUGGUAGGCCUACUGGGACUAGACUUGAGUUUCAACAAGUUGGAGGUUCUCACAACCCAUACAUUCUCUGGUCUCAAGAAUCUGGAGUAUCUGCUGUUGUCCAACAAUGAAUGUCGACAAUUUUUGCAGAACGGCACAAAGCAGCUACUCCCAAGACUGCGCUAUAUGGACCUGAGAGAUAAUGCCUUGACAAGCGUGGUCCCUGAUUUCCCAGAGAGUAUGGAAAAACUUUUGCUAUCUGGAAACCAGUGGAAGUGUGACUGCAGUGCCCUCCCACUCAGAAACUACAGCUUGAAGAAUCCAUUGGUGAUACCUCGGCAAGUAGAGACCCAUGCAGAGGGUGAAGAGCCUGACACGACUAUCACCAUAUACAACAACAUUACAUGCACCAGCCCACCACGUCUAGCUGGUCAGGACCUGCGGGAUAUUGACACUGAACUCUUCCAGGGCUGCUAGACAACACCUGAUAAUGUGUGAGACCAGGUUGAUGUUUUAUGUGUGAUAUCAGUUUCUGAUAGUGUACUUUUAAUACAUGAUUCGGGUUCUUGCUUCACAUUUGCUAUUUACAGACAAAACUGUUGUUGUCUGUAGUCUUUACAUAAAACAUUUCAAAGAAUAUUUCAAGUGUGCCAUGAAUUUCUUUUUUUUUUUCAAUGAAAAGGUGAACCAACCAAUCUUUGUUCUGCUUCAACUUCAUGAAGUUAUAUGUUAAUUGUAAAUGUUGAAUCGUGGGAAAAUGCAGUUAGAGAAUCGUUACAAGUUAAAUGGAAUCCAAUACAAAUGCUGUGAAGUAAUUAAGUUGACACUGGAGAGUAAAAUGGACUGUAUAGACUUGCAUUGUACUACUCUGGGAUCACCUGGUGAGGUUACUCAAUAUGAAAACAUUUCCAGGAGACAUUUAAAAAAAGGAUAGCUUUAAAUGUGAUGCUUUUACAUGUAUUUUUUAAAAAUAUUUUAAUAUAUUUUGAACUUUAUUGUUUGACUAUAAACCACUUGGGCUUCCCCUUCACCCCCUUGGACACAGAAAAAUUCAAUUUCCAUAAUGUGCUAUAAUUUCCAGCCUAUUUAGAAUAAAUGCCACACCAUGGCACAGGCCUGCACAAAGAGAAACACGAGUCCCCAUAACCCUUAUGCAAAUCUAAAAGCAACAAAUUUCAAGUGGCAUUUACGUAAAUUUCAAAUUUAACACUAAAAUGUCUACAAGUAUGUUUAAGUACAUAUUUUUUCGUGUAGUUAAGACUCAUGUUUGUCACUUUAAAAGAUGCACUGUACAAAGUGAAAUAAAGUUUUAAAAUCAA